CGCGCGGCCCGGCCCUUUCCCGGCGCUUCCCGGCGCGCCCCGGCGGGCGGGCGUGUGGCCGCGCUGUCGUGGCAUGCCACUCGCCGCCGGCCACCAUGGGGAACGGCAUGAACAAGAUCCUGCCAGGCCUGUACAUCGGCAACUUCAAAGAUGCCAGAGAUGUGGAACAAUUGAGCAAGAACAAGGUGACACACAUUCUGUCUGUCCAUGAUAGUGCCAGGCCCAUGCUGGAGGGAGUUAAAUACCUGUGCAUUCCAGCAGCGGAUUCACCAUCUCAAAACCUGACAAGACACUUCAAAGAGAGUAUUGAGUUCAUCCACGAGUGCCGGCUGCGGGGCGAAGGCUGUCUUGUGCACUGCCUGGCCGGGGUCUCCAGGAGUGUGACGCUGGUGAUCGCGUACAUCAUGACUGUGACCGACUUCGGUUGGGAGGACGCCCUGCACACGGUGCGUGCUGGCAGAUCCUGUGCCAACCCCAACCUGGGCUUCCAGAGGCAGCUGCAGGAGUUUGAGAAGCACGAGGUCCAACAGUACCGGCAGUGGCUGAAGGAAGAAUAUGGAGAGAACCCUUUGCAGGAUGCCGAAGAAGCCAAAAGCAUUCUGGGUAAAUAUAAAGAGCAAGGGCGAGUGGACCCGCAGCCUGGCUCUAGGCGGUGGAGCAGCUUCUCGGCCCUGCCUCCUCUGGCCUACAACUACAGCACGGAGACCUAAGGCAGAGGGAUCUGCUCCCUUCCUCCCCGCCACUUGUCUUCCAUGGCCUGCACCAUCUGCAUGAUGGUUUGCUGGUCUGCUGCCUGGUGCCCCUGGACUGAGGGAGGCAGCCUGGGCGAGGUGGACUGCUCAGGGCUCCUCCCGGACCCUGCCCAGCCCUGCCCCGAGCCCCUCUGCUCUGCCUACCUGCGCCCUGACCUCGCCUCCCGUGAGCUCACUGCCCUGGGAUGCUACCAAGCUACCGGGCUGCCACACACUGCCGGGUGUGUGUGCACAUGUGUGUGAGCCACAGUGGGUGCGUGUGGAUGCACAGUGUGAGUCUGUGUGUGUGCAGUCCGGGUGAGGCUGUGUGCCUUUGUGUGUGUAUCACGAGAGCGUGUGUGUGAUGCUGGAUGUUCAUAUGGCCGGAAGUCAUCAAAUUGGAGCUGCCCGGCUUGGUUUGGCCACUCCUUCCUCCUCUGACUCCACAUGGAAGGCACUUGUACAUGGCCUCUGAGAAGCUGCCGGCAGGAGCCUCCUGUGCAUGUGAGCAAGGGGAACCGGGGAUGAGCCGCCGACGGCGCCAGGCUCUCCCAGAACCUUCGGAGGUGCAGUGGGGAAGGCGAGGUCCAGCUCCUUCUCUCGGAGGCUGUUCCAGGGGUCCCAGAAGUGUGUGUGUUGGGCAGGGAAAGCCCCUGGAGGGAGCCCUGGCUCAGGCUGGGCGUGGGCACCGCAGGUCCUGGGUUCCCUGCUGCCUGUCAGCCUGAUGCGCCCUGAGGUCUGCGUGGUGUUCAGGCUGCACUUGAGGUUCUUCGGCCAAAGGUUUCCUGCGUCAGAGGCCCUUCCUCUCCCCUCCUCCCGCUUGCUUCAUGCACUCCACCCUCUCACUGUUCUCCCUUUCCAAGGGCCCCUUCUUAAGGUUUGCAUGCACCUGCAGGAAUUGGGAAGAAAGAGCAUUUAUUAGGCACCGUAGCCAUUGCAUUUAAAAAUGCCUAAACACUUAUUAAGCUCCUUGAUGUAUGCUGUGGAUUUGGUCUUCGAUCUCAGCUACCUCAUUAAAUGUCUUCUGAAAAGGUGU